GGGUGAACCAAUCACGUUUGCGAUAACAGGUCUCAGAUUUUGGCGCGAAAUCCAUUCACUCAUUCGGCUAAAUAGAGUCUUGGCAUUUUUGCUGAUGUCUGUUCGUGAUGAAAACCCUGAAUCUAAUUCCUAAUCCUAACCAUCAACUUUAAAUCAUAAUCCUUAUUCUUCAAACUCCUUUAUAACCCUCAUUUAGCCAUAGACGUAUUUAAUACAUCCUAAAUGCUGAUGUUGCAGAAUGCCGUUACAGAAGAGUCAGUCAAAUCUCUACAGAAACGUUCAUUUGUCCUACACUAAAAAGAUCGACAUACAAAUCAAGGAAGAUGGGAAUUAUCUGUCAAUUUUGAAUUCUAUCUGUUCACCGGCAGUAGCCAUAUAAAUAUCACUAUAUCUGACACUGUUCCCGUCAGUGUUUCGGGACCAUUUUUAUGAUGCGAUGACUCACUUGCUGCACUGUUUUUCAUUGAAUAUUUAUAUGUAUCUCAUUAUUAACAUCAUUACACUAAGUGUAAAAUGGGCAGCCUUCCAUGGUUGUUUUUGCAAGUACGUAACAAUAUUGUUUUUUCUCUUUAGUGCACUGUUAUUGUGUUACGGUGAACGACUGGAUAUCUAACUACAUAGCAGCUGUGUAAAAAUCAAAAACAGUUUGGAUGUCGUUUGAUUCGAAGACUUUUAUCAAUAUAUCUCCCAUUUUUAUUCUUAAUAAACAAGCUCAUCUGCUUAAAAUAGAUUUAUCCUGGACUUGUGAAGAAAGUGGUCCAUUCCAUAACAAAGUGUUUCGUGUCAGUGUUAUUGUAAAUCACCAUAAUCUAAAAAGUUCUGAGAUAUAUGAUGGUGUUGGAAGCAGUGUCAAGGAAGCUAGACGGAUGGCUGCUGAAAGUGCGUUACAAACUUGUAUUUUAUUUAAGUACAAUGCUGGUUCAAGUAAUGGGGCUCUACGAACGGAAGGACCGUUUAUAACACCGCGAAAUGCCAAUCCUUUCAUUAUUUUGAUUAAUUCUGAUCCAACAUCUUUAGCUCCAAAAGUACAGCUCAGGCAACUGCUUAAUUUACUUGGGUCGAAGGUGAAAUUUGUUCAUUCAGUGGGUGAUGACAAUAAUAGUUUACGUCCUAUCAUGUAUAGAGCGACAGCGGAGAUCGUCGGUCGACAAUAUGUUGGAAAUUCAACCACCAAAUCAGGUGCUGAACAAGAAUCAUGUUUAUCAGCUUUAAUGGCUCUUCGUCGGUCAUUGUUGUCUUACAUCAAGACUCAGAAACUAAGGAAAAAAGAACAGCACGAUCACGACAAUAUAUACAUUAAUCGGUGUAUUCAUCCAAAAUCAUCAGUUUGGAGAUUGCGCAUUCUUGCUGGUCUACACUUCAUUCAGCCAAUUUUUAAGAUCCAAAAGUUAACCAAUUGUGAACCAAAUAAAUUUGCGUGUAUAUGUUUAUUAGAUGGUUGGAAGUAUACUGAAAACAGAUCUAUCUCAGCUAAGAAAGCACAAAAUACUGCUGCUCAAUCAAUGCUGAAUAAUAUGAAUAAAAUUGAGAACAAAUGCUCAACAGUUCCAUUAUAUGAUAAACCAUAUGAUGUUACAUCAAAAUAUGUUCAUAAACAAAAUCAUAAAUCAUGUAAAAUCAAACUACAAUUCAAUCAGCAUCGUGCUUUUGAUGAAUCAGUACAUCCUGUUUGUAGAUUGGAAUGUUACAGCAUUGUUAAUAACUUGGAUAAAGUAAAAUAUACAUUAUUAAAUGAUCAAUUACCAAGUGGAGAACAUACGUCUUUAGCACCCGGUCGCCCUCCAUUUAUCUAUCAGCUUGAGUUCUCAAACAUGUGUGUUCGAGGCCCUGAAGCGAAUAAUAAACGUCUAGCGAAACGACUUGCUGCUGAAUUGCUCCUUACUAAAUUGGGAUUGUCUAGUGAAAAAUCAUCUCCUAAUGUCAAGAGUGUUCUUCGAAGUCAAGUUAUCGAAUCAAUCGACAGUAAUAUUCAUGCUAGUAAAAGUGUUUCAGAAAAUCUGUCCUGUGGUAUUGUGCCAGAAACUGUCAGUAAUGUACACAAAUCGUUAUCUCCCGUAGAAAAAUCAGACGAUCAAUCACAGGAUAAUAUUUCUAACGAGGAACAUCAUGUGAACUUCAGUUGUACUAGUGAUAUUCUUAUCUUUGAUGAAGAAUUAGUGGACCCUGUUUUGUUGCGUAAAAGAACUUCUCGUCCCUUAAAAAGAAAAGAUAUUCAGUCUAGAACAAUAAGUAAUGGUUCGAUUCCGCGUUCUCACUCGAGUAUAAAUCUUUCAGUCAAUGAAACUAAUAACUUGCUUCAAAAUUAUUCUCCUUCAUCAACUGAUCUAUCGUUGAUUAAUUCAGUAUCUGAAACAAAUAGGAAUAAUCUAGAUGUCUUCAGUAAAACCAUCGGUUAUUGGAUAGAUUCGAAAAAGUCAAAAUCCAAUCAGAGGUCCUAUGCACGAAGUCAUUCGGAAGUCGAUUUCAAUGAAGGUAGUGAUUGGUAUCGAAAGUUCGAUGGCAUCUAUGAUAAUUCAUCGCCUGAUAUUAUUACUGAUUGUACACGUUCUAAAUCGAAUAUAAGACUACAACUUUUGGCUCGUGUUGCUGAGUAUUGUUUACAAGAACACGCUCUCAACAAUUCAAUACACAACAUAAAUGAAUAUCAUACGAGUGGAGUUACCAGUUUAAGUGAUCAACUGGUGUUUUUGUGUAGGCGUCUGCUAGUUCCUUGUCAUUUUAUUGAAUAUCCACCCAAAUUAAACAUAGUGUGCAAGUCUGAAAAAGAAUUCAACACUAAAUAUUAUUAUGAAUACACAGUUAUCCUAUUUGUUGGUAUUAAUCCUAUGAAAGAGAAUUCAAUUAAUGGUAAUGGUUAUAUAACAGUAAAAGCUACAGAUUUAACAAGAAAUUCAGCAAAACAAAAGGCUGCCCAAACUGUAGUAAAAUGUUUAACAAAAUUAAUUUGAAUGAUGAUCAUUGAUUUCGAUCAUUUUUUUCUCUUUUUUUGGUUUCUUCAUUUAAUUAGGAAAUGAUAAGCUUCUUUCUCUUAUUUAUUUCUUUUUUUAGGAGGAUGCAUACUUUAAUAAUCAUUUAAUCUCUUAUUUACUCUUUACAAAAUACUUUUUAUCCGAUGGGGUUUUGUGUAGAUUUUUAGAAAUUUCAAUAGUUGAAAUCAUGAAUCAAUUAAAGCUAGACCACCAUGGAUAACCUGGAAGUACUGGACGGCCGUCUCGUCCUAGUAUGGGACUACUCAGCAGUGCGCAUCUACGAUCCCCCCGCGGAGGAGUCCCAUACUAAGAAGAAACGGUCGUCCAGUGCUUCCAGGUUUUCCAUGAUGGUCUAGCUUCAAUGGACUCAUGAUUUCAACUAUUGAAAAUACUUUUUGUUUUUGCAUUUUAACUUCUCAAAUUUUAUCAAAAGCAUUUAAGACAAAUUUUUAAAUCAUUAGUACUUUUAUUCUAUUCUAUAGCUACAUUCAGAUCCAUUUUUUUCAACUUAAAUCUCUACGAUACUUGAUAACAGAUCAUUUAAAUGGCAAUGUGAUUAUUUUCAACUAUCUAUACAACAUUACUUUUUAUUUAUUAAAAUACUUUCUAGUAAACGUUUCACUCAUAUUUUCAUCAGCGAUCGUAUUUAUAUGACUAAUUGAAUUAGUUUUAUGAUGACAA